AUGUUGUACACGACGCUUGAUGCAACAUCUCGUCCUGACACAAGACAGCUUGCUGGUUAUCUGAGCUUGUUACAUUGUUGGAUCUACGAGCACUUCCCUCGCAUCUGUGAGCAGAAUACUCAAUGUUGUGCGGUUGCUAACCCUUGUGCGAGGAGGUGGAAGGCCAGACAGACCCUUCCAGGAAACAGACCCUUGAUGGAGUACAAGCGGAGGCUGGAUGCUCUGAUGCUAGAUGAUGUCAUCUGGAAACUGUAUACAAGUCAUCGCGAGCAUCUUCCUUUUGAUGGCAUCCCACGGCCGGUCCUAGAGGCUCCAGCUGGUGGCAUUGAUCACUGGUUUCAGACUCACAUCAUCAACUCUCCCCGUGAGAUCCCUCAUACAGCCGUUGCGGUUCAGCAGCCUGGGCAGUGUCAGGAUGGAUACCUGGAGUGGUUCCUCAGUGUAUCACACCCUAGGGUCAGCCCAUAUGCCGCAUCAUUUGAUGUUCCAAGGCCUUCAGGUACAAGGACUUCUUCACCACCACCACCACCUCCACCUCCUGUUGGUGACUAA